AUGGUCAACUUCACCAUCGAAGAGAUCCGGUCUCUGAUGGACCGCCGGGCUAACAUCCGGAACAUGUCCGUCAUUGCUCACGUCGAUCACGGCAAGUCGACCCUCUCCGACUCCCUGGUCCAGCGUGCCGGUAUCAUUUCGGCCGCCAAGGCUGGUGAGGCCCGGUUCAUGGACACUCGUCCCGACGAGCAGGACCGCUGCAUUACCAUCAAGUCCACGGCCAUUUCCUUGCCGUCGAUGGCCAGGGAGUUCUUGAUCAACCUGAUCGAUUCGCCCGGUCACGUUGACUUCUCGUCUGAGGUCACGGCCGCUCUCCGUGUCACCGACGGUGCCCUGGUCGUCGUCGACUGUGUGUCGGGUGUCUGUGUCCAGACCGAGACCGUCCUGCGUCAGGCCCUGACCGAGCGUAUCAAGCCGGUUCUGUGUAUCAACAAGGUUGACCGUGCUCUGCUCGAGCUCCAGGUCUCCAAGGAGGACCUGUACCAGUCCUUCUCGCGUACCAUUGAGUCCGUCAACGUCAUCAUCGCCACCUACUUCGACAAGGCUCUCGGUGAUGUCCAGGUCUACCCCGACCGCGGCACCAUUGCGUUCGGUUCCGGUCUCCACGGCUGGGCUUUCACUGUCCGCCAAUUCGCCGUCAAGUACGCCAAGAAGUUCGGUGUUGACCGCAAGAAGAUGCUUGAGCGUCUGUGGGGUGACAACUACUUCAACCCCAAGACCAAGAAGUGGACCAACCGUGGUGAGGCUGAUGGCAAGCCCCUGGAGCGUGCCUUCAACCAGUUCAUCCUGGACCCCAUCUUCAAGAUCUUCGCCGCCGUCAACCACAACAAGCGUGAGGAGAUCACCACACUUUUGCAAAAGCUCGAGGUCAACCUGGCCAACGACGAGAAGGACCUCGAGGGCAAGGCCCUCCUCAAGCUCGUCAUGCGCAAGUUCUUGCCCGCUGCCGACGCUCUGCUGGAGAUGAUUUGUAUUCACCUGCCCUCUCCCGUUACUGCCCAGAAGUACCGUGCCGAGACUCUGUACGAGGGUCCCUCCGACGAUGCCGCUUGCGUUGGUAUCCGCGACUGUGACCCCAAGGCUGCUCUCAUGCUGUACGUCUCCAAGAUGGUGCCGACCUCCGACAAGGGCCGCUUCUACGCCUUCGGUCGUGUCUACUCCGGUACCGUCCGCUCCGGCAUCAAGGUCCGCAUCCAGGGCCCCCACUACACCCCUGGCAAGAAGGAGGACCUGUUCAUCAAGGCCAUCCAGCGUACCAUUCUCAUGAUGGGUCGCUUCGUCGAGCCCAUCGAGGAUGUCCCCGCCGGUAACAUCGUCGGUCUGGUCGGUAUUGACCAGUUCCUGCUCAAGUCGGGUACACUGACCACCGACGACACUGCCCACAACCUCAAGGUCAUGAAGUUCUCCGUCUCGCCCGUCGUGCAGCGCUCCGUUGAGGUCAAGAACGCCCAGGACCUGCCCAAGCUGGUCGAGGGUCUCAAGCGUCUGUCCAAGUCCGACCCCUGUGUCCUGACCUUCAUCUCCGAGUCCGGUGAGCACGUUGUCGCCGGUGCCGGUGAGCUGCACCUGGAGAUCUGUCUGAAGGAUCUUGAGGACGACCACGCUGGUGUGCCCCUGCGCAUCUCCGACCCCGUCGUGCCCUACCGUGAGACUGUUACCGGCGAGUCCAGCAUGACUGCCCUGUCCAAGUCGCCCAACAAGCACAACCGUAUCUACCUCAACGCCCAGCCCAUCGACGAGGAGGUCUCGCUUGCCAUCGAGAACGGCAAGAUCACCCCCCGUGACGACUUCAAGGCUCGUGCCCGUCUCCUGGCCGACGAGUACGGCUGGGAUGUCACCGACGCCCGUAAGAUCUGGUGUUUCGGUCCCGACACCAACGGCCCCAACCUGCUGGUUGACCAGACCAAGGCUGUGCAGUACUUGAACGAAAUCAAGGACUCGGUUGUCUCCGGUUUCCAGUGGGCCACCCGCGAGGGUCCCGUUGCCGAGGAGCCCCUGCGCUCGGUUCGCUUCAACAUCCUGGAUGUUACCCUGCACGCUGAUGCUAUCCACCGUGGUGGUGGUCAGAUCAUCCCCACUGCUCGUCGUGUCCUGUACGCCGCCGCCAUGCUGGCUGAGCCCGGUCUCCUCGAGCCCAUCUUCAACGUCGAGAUACAGGUACCCGAGCAGGCCAUGGGUGGUAUCUACGGUGUGCUUACCCGCCGCCGUGGUCACGUCUACGCUGAGGAACAGCGUCCCGGUACUCCUCUGUUCAACGUCAAGGCUUACCUGCCCGUCAACGAGUCGUUCGGUUUCCCUGCCGAUCUGCGUUCCGCCACCGGUGGUCAGGCCUUCCCCCAGUCGGUCUUCGACCACUGGGCCAUCCUUCCUGGUGGCUCGCCUCUUGACCCCACCAGCUCGCCUGGUCAGGUUGUUACCACGAUGCGUAAGCGCAAGGGUCUCAAGGAGCAGGUCCCUGGCUACGAGAACUACUACGACAAGCUGUAA